GGUAAAUGCGGAAGUACAUUUUUACGAAGUAAUUUAUCUUAGAGAAGUAGCCGACACUUUGCGUUUGUAAUACCCAUUUCACAAGCCCAUUCGACAGUGAGAAUUGAUACACUUAUUGGAUGCUUCAGUAGUACGUGUUCAAAAUCUGUAGGAUAUUAUAGCGAUGUGAUGGAUGCGCACGAGAAGACUGGUUUAGAAGCGGCAGAAGAAAUAGUAAGUAGUACUGCACGGGAUGGAGAAACCCAUGAUGAGACUCAAAAGGAAACUGCCGGUGGACCUGCUCCGGGGCAUCGGAAAAUAGAGGUCCAUUUCUGCGGAUCCACCCCUCUGCUAUGGCAGGCAGCCGACGUGAAAGCAGCCCGAGAGACUGGUGUGGUUGGAACCCUUGUGGGCUCAUUGGCCCGACAGCCUCGGCAGAACAACCGGCUGGGCAGACCACUGGAGCUUCUUACAGAGGAGGCGCGGUUGCUGAGAGAGACCGCCCAAGCUGUGCUUUUCCCUGCCACGACGAGUACAGAUGCUGAAAACCUGCAGGCAGUGGAGCAGUAUGUAGAGAGGCAGGAGCGCAGCUACGAGGAGCAGAGGGCCCUGGCGCUGCAGGAAAGGAAGGCCAUGCUACUGAGGGCGCUGGCGCAGAAGCAGGAAGAUGCAGAGGAGAUCGAGUCUUUGGACCAGAGUGUGCAAGAUCGGUUGGAUGCCCUUGAGAGGGGCUUCUCUCUCCCGCGUUCAGCCAUGGCAGUCCAGCUGCACACAGCUCGGGCAGGACUAGGCCACACACCAGAGGAGAGGCAUUUCCUAGCAGCUGAUUGGCCACAGCCUCGGGACGAGAGGUCGGAGACCAGGUUCCGUGUUUUCCGGGAUUUGAGCCGACAGGGCUUCUACCUCACCUCUGCUGGCAAGUUUGGGGGAGACUAUCUGGUGUACCCAGGCGACCCCCUUCGUUUCCACGCCCACUUCAUCGCCGUGUGUAUCCCUAUGGACUCGCCAACACCCCUGUGUGACCUGCUGGCUCUCUCACGGCUGGGCUCCAAUGUGAAGAAGACGAUACUUCUCUGCUCGCCCAGUGACGGUGACGAGGGUGGAGAGGAAGAGGAGGUGGUGUACACGUCUCUGCAGUGGAGUGGAAUGGUAUAGCACCUGCAGGACUGUGACUGACUCACAGCUUCCUCUCCAACAUGAACCAUAACCUGGACUGACCUUACCAAAUUAUUAGGAACAUAAUGGGAGGAAUGGGUCCGUUAAAAAGAGCAUUAUGGAAUGCAUGGCUACCCAGACCAGCAUACUGUGCGAGCGGAAUACAAGUGAAGAGUAUUAACACUGACUGAAAUAUUUUUAUGCUGAAAAUAAAAAUAGAAAAGCUUAA